UCGGCCCCAGAAAAGGGAGGAGGCAGUGUUGAAGUCAAGACCCGGGCCGAGCCGGCGCUGACCGGACUUAACUCGGCCGCCCCGGAACAAGGCGUCCGCCCCGCGCGCGGACCGAUGGGACCCUGCUGGAUGGAGGAGGCCGGGCCCUGAGGUCAGCGACGGCCCGGUCGGCCUGGUGCGGGGCCCACAGUGGGGGCCGGCUUGCGUGCCUCAGCCGCCCAGGGCCUGCCUUCAGGUCCCGGGCGAGGGCUCUAGGCCCCGGCCCCGCCACCAGGCCGCGCUCGGCCCCUCGGGAUCCGGCGCCGUCCCAGCCGACCGGAAGUGGAGGCUGCCCCAGGGCCGUCGUCCAGCGGCUAGUUCGAGCCCGGGCCUCCCGUCGGGGCCGGACCGGGACAAGGCCCCGGGGAGGCCCCUAGCCCAUCAGGGCUUUCCCCCAGAGCCGGCGCCUGCCGUGAAGAUGCAGCCCGCCCUACCGGGCGCCCGCCAGCACUUGGGGGCCUUCCUGGCCAGCGCCAGCGUGGUGGUGAAGGCCCUGUGCGCGGCCGUGCUGUGCCUCUACCUGCUGUCCUUCGCCGUGGACACCGGUUGCCUGGCUGUCACCCCAGGCUACCUCUUCCCUCCCAACUUCUGGAUCUGGACCUUGGCCACGCACGGGCUGAUGGAGCAGCACGUGUGGGACGUGGCCAUCAGCCUGGCCACUGUGGUGGUGGCUGGGCGUCUGCUGGAGCCCCUCUGGGGGGCCCUAGAGCUGCUCAUCUUCUUCUCGGUGGUGAACGUGUCCGUGGGCUUGCUGGGGGCCUUCGCCUACCUCCUCACCUACAUGGCUUCCUUCAACCUGGUCUACCUGUUCACCGUCCGCAUCCACGGCUCGCUAGGCUUCCUGGGCGGCGUCCUGGUGGCACUCAAGCAAACUAUGGGCGACUGCGUGGUUCUGCGGGUGCCCCAGGUGCGGGUCAGCGUGGUGCCCAUGCUGCUGCUGGCGCUGCUGCUGCUGCUGCGGCUGGCCACGCUGCUCCAGAGCCCCGCGUUGGCCUCCUACGGCUUUGGGCUGCUGUCCAGCUGGGUGUAUCUCCGCUUCUACCAGCGCCACAGCCGCGGCCGAGGGGACAUGGCCGACCACUUUGCUUUCGCCACCUUCUUCCCUGAGAUCCUGCAGCCCGUGGUGGGCCUGCUGGCCAGCGUGGUGCACGGCCUUCUGGUGAAGGUGAGGAUCUGCCAGAAGACGGUGAAACGCUACGACGUGGGCGCCCCGUCCUCCAUCACCAUCAGCCUCCCCGGCACUGACCCGCAGGACGCCGAGCGCAGGAGGCAACUGGCCCUGAAGGCCCUUAACGAGCGGCUGAAAAGAGUGGAAGACCAGUCUGUGUGGCCCAAUAUGGACGAUGACGAGGAGGAGACCCGAGGCGAGGCAGACAGCCCCCUGCCAUCAGACAAGGCCCCCGCACCCCCGGGGAAGGGAGCUGCCCCAGAAUCCAGUCUAAUCACCUUUGAGGCUGUCACCCCGAAUCUGUAACUCCAAACCACCCUGAGGGCAGCACCUCUUCCAGGGCCCCCCUCAUGGCCCUCUCGGCUGCUCUGGGGGCAGGGGGAGAGACCUGGUUGGGGCCUCCACAGCCCUCAGCUGUUUCUCGCCAACACUACCCAGGCCUCCCCUACUUGGCUUCAACUCCAGAUACCCACCCAGCCGGGUACGGGGCCUGGGCAGCACCAGGCAGCCUGGGCCCGUCGGAGGCUCAGGCUGCACCUCAGCAGACAGCCCGUAGCACGCGCUGCCAGGACACUGCUGCCCCCGUUCCUGAGCUGGCCCCGGGUCUGAGACCAGACGCUGAGCGCCCUGAGCCACGGCAAGGAUUUGCCAAAAACCUUCUGGGGGCCCAGCCAGUGCAGGCACCCGAACAGAGCUGCCCGCCCCACGACCCCCAGAAAGGCUGUUCUGUCAGUUUCUGUGUCCCUUGGUAUGGGCCGGCCAGCCGCCCUCCCAGGUAUUUUCUACAGGGCCGCUAGGGCAGGCAGCCCUGCCCCACCGUGCAGUAUCAAUAAAGCGGUUCUUCAA